UUAUUGCAAUACCAUUUGGAAUAAAGAAUAUGGCGUCGAAGAAGAGAAGUCAGGCUGGAGAUUCUGAUGAGUUGGAUGUGAGUAAGGAAGAAGUGUCUGGUGACAUUGAGCCUGUUUCGGUGGAUCAGUUUAUCAGUCGGGAUGAGAUCGGACAUUCUGAGGAAAAGGGGAUUACUGGCGAUCUAACGACUCGAAUUAGGAAAUGUGUUGAGAAUUAUGCCAAAUCUGACAACAAUGGUGAUUUGGUGUUCUCGCCUGACUUUACUAAAGAGGAGAGGGCGUUGAUCCAUGAACAUGCAAAAGAGUUCGGCCUGAGGAGUCGGAGCAGGAAAAAGGCAAAUCGCUUCCUCACCCUUAGUCGGCCAGAAGAUCCAACAGUGUUUCGUGUUGAUAAAUAUCGAGACCAGGACGAAUGUGCUCUAGCUUGGAGACUUAGAAGGCGCUUUCUCGUAGCUCACCAUGACAAAUUCCCAGAAGCCCGGCUGGUUUGUCUGGCCAAGUGUUUUAUCAAUGUGGAGAUGGAUGGCUGCAGUUAUCCCGACCCAGUCAUGAUCCAGCUGAAGGAGCUGUCAAAGGAUUUUCCCAAACUGGUAAAACAAAAGAAAGAAAGAGUUAAGAUGAAAUAUGCAACAAUGGGUUUUGUGAAGGCUUCGGAUUCAGAUAACACAGAGCCAGAGGCAAAAAAAUCCUUGUCAGAUAUUGUAACAGAACCCCUGGCAGGGUCUGAGAUGGGAGUCAUUGAAUCACUAAAAUCUGGUUUACAUCAGUCUAGCAUUGAAUCUCAAAUGGGAUUUGUCAAAUCUGGGGCUGCCUACAAGAGCACUAACAUUCAAGCUGAUCAACAAGCCAUAGCUCAAUCUCAGUAUAUAGCCAGUAUCCAGGAGCCCCACUGUACAAUGAAAGAACACCGAACAUUGGCCAAGAAGAAACCCCAAAAGAAAAAGAAAUCAGAUCCUGAUAAUAAUGUUGAUGAAUAUGACCAAACGUUUGCUAGACUUCGACAUGAGAUCAAGAAAAAGUCAGUGGAGAUUAACCCAAUUUCUUUAUUGAACAUGGUCAUACACAAGGUCAAGAUGACCGUUCGGUCUAGCAUAGAUGGCAAGGAGGUUGGAGAUGCCAUUAUGUAUGAAUGCAAAGUCAGUAUUGACUUUAUCCACAUUGCCUCUGCUGUGGACAGAACCAAGAAGCUGGCAAAGAAAGCUGCAUUCGAGAAUGCGAUUCAGGAGAUUCUGAAACCAUACCACACAAUUUCUUUUAAUGAUGAUGACUCCAAGGAACUACAUGCUUAUGAAACUCCUUUCCUGGAGGAGGAAGAACUGGAGGAGCCUGAGGUGGAUGAGAUACCAAUGUUGCCGGCUGGGGAGACCUGGUAUGAGUCCAAUGCUGGAGGUCUUCAUACUCAAAGGAUCAAAGGUUACAACAGCAAAAACAGACCACUGUUAGGAGAUUCCGCCAAAAGCUUGGACGAGUUUAUUUUAGUGUCUGAUACUAUGAAUACUAAGGCUGUACAGCAUCCAGGUGCACUGUUGAGGCAAAGUGCAGAUUUCAGUAAGAUGUUGCUUGAGUUUGAGUUUGUCCGGAACAAAGAUGGUGUGUCAUGUCGUGUGAGUCUUGAAGGCCAGCCAUUGGUUGAGUGUACGGCUAAGACAAAGCUUUUGGCCAAGUAUGAAGCAAGUGAAAAUGCUAUUGACUUAUUAAAGGAAAUGUGCUGGACGAUAAAAUUCAAGCAGGCUGCAGAUUCUGAUGAGUUGUGUUUGAGUAAGGAGGAGGUGUUAGGUGAUGUUGAGAAGGUCAAGUGUGAGAUUCCUGAUAGUAAUAUCGGUAACAAGAUGCUCCGGAAGAUGGGCUGGGUUGGUGGUGGGGUCGGGAAGAAUGGGACUGGGCGGGCAGAGCCUGUUUUGGUAGAGCAGGUAAUCAAACGGGCAGGGAUUGGACAUUCAAAGGAAAAGGGGAUGUCUGGCGACACGAUGAAUCGAAUUAGGAAGUGUGUUGAGAAUUAUGCAAGAUCUGAUAACUAUGGUGAUUUGGUGUUCUCGUCUGACUUUACUAAAGAGGAGAGAGCGUUGAUCCAUCAGCACGCAAAGAGGUUCCGGCUGAAGACUCGGAGCAGGGGAUCCAAUGCAAAUCGCUUUAUCAUUGUUAGCCGGAAGAGAACUGCAGUUGAACUCUUUGAACAUGUCAUGUCACAGGGAGGCUCCACAUCAAAAUACGAACUUGUGCCACCUCAAUGUUAACAGUUAUCAUGGUUACUUGAAUAUGUAAAGACAAACUGUCCCACUUAGACAUCUGUUACGUAAACAUGUUGAACAUGUGUCUACUGUUUAUAAUGUUUAUGUGGUCAUGAGUACUGUAUACAUUCUAUUGCAAAAAUCAUUGUGUUUACUUGUUAGCAGGGCUAGACUGGAUUUAAAUAACAAUGUACAUGUGAUAUGUUUGAUAACUGAUGACUGUUACGAUGACAACUGGUCAUGUGUGUAAAGUCUGCAGUUUAUUUUGACAAGGUGUCAUUUUCAUUAUUUCUGUUUAGUUGGUAUUAAAUUAUUUUUGAUUGUUGAAUAGGUUUACUGAAAUGAUAUAAAAAUUCAAAUAAACAUGCUCCGUUUCU